AGUCACGUGACCGCCGACCUUCCUCCUGCUCCUCUGGGUGCCCGGUGCGUCUCGUCCUGCAGCAGGCUGACACUGUUGACACAUCAUGGCGUUCUUCACUCAUCAGAUCUGCAGAGGUUUGUCGACUUCGGCUGUGAGGAGUGUCGUUAUUAAACAUGUCACGAUCAUCGGAGGCGGACAGAUGGGAGCAGGGAUCGCACAGGUCGCUGCAUCAACUGGUCACUCGGUGACACUCGUGGACACAAAUGAAGACAUCCUUAAAAAGGCAGUCAAAGGAAUUGAGGGGAACCUCAAAAGAGUGGUCAAGAAGAAGUUUGCUGAUAAGCCAGAGGCAGGUGAAGAGUUCAUCCAGAAAUCCCUGAAGAACGUGUCGACCUCGACAGACGCUGCAUCUGUGGUUCACGGCACAGAUCUUGUGGUGGAGGCCAUUGUGGAAAAUCUUAAAAUCAAGCAGGAUCUCUUCGGUGGGCUUGACAAGCUGGCACCAGCACACACCAUCUUUGCCAGCAACACAUCCUCCCUGUCCAUCACCGACAUCGCCAGCUCCACCAACAGGCUGGAUAGAUUCGGCGGCCUUCACUUCUUCAAUCCAGUCCCUGUGAUGAAGCUUGUAGAGGUCAUUGGGAUGUCAGCAACAAGCCAAGAGACUCUGGAUUCUCUUCUGAACUUCAGCAAAACACUGGGAAAAACACCAGUGUCCUGCAAGGACACGCCAGGAUUCAUUGUAAACCGCCUACUUCUUCCCUACCUGAUAGAGGCCGUCCGAAUGUAUGAGAGAGGAGAUGGAUCCAAAGAGGACAUUGAUAUUGCCAUGAAACUCGGUUGUGGUUAUCCCAUGGGUCCCCUUGAGCUCUCCGACUAUGUAGGACUAGACACGAUGAAGUUCAUCAUGGACUAUUGGUCUGCAGCAAAUCCUGAGAACCCAGGCUUUGCCCAGAGUGAGCUGCUGAACAAGUUGGUUGCAGAGGGCAAACUGGGCAAAAAGACAGGAGAAGGAUUCUACAAGUACAAGUGAUGUAAUCCCGUCGAUGUGACACUAGUCAGAACUUCAGAAAAUAAUCCAUCCAACAGGGACUGAUUAGAAACGGAAAUAGAGAAAGUGCCUUCUAUAUUAAAGCACGACUUUUGUCUGUCAGUUCAUUUUCUUAUGGACGUCCACUGUAUCACAUCUUUUUGUGAUUUAAAUCUGAUUAAAAAUGAUUUUUCAAAUA